AUGACUAUCUCCCACGUGCCCUAUCCUUCCCCUUCUACCCUCAAGAGGUUCCCCCAUGUCCAUGAUGACCCUUCCACGUUGUCGCAUGCCCUGGACCCCUUCACUAUCACCACAUCUACAGGCUUCUUGCCAUAUGCCACUGCCCCCGUGGACCUUCCUGAUGCCUUCCACCCUCUCAAGUCCCUUGUGGAACGUAUGCCCGUCGUCAAGCUCGAUGGGAAGCCCGGUCUCUUGGCAACUUAUGAGUUCGGUCCUGCUGUUGCGGCAGAGUUGCCCGAUCUGACUGAUGAGGUUGAGAAACUUGUCCUUCCUGAUGGUUCGCCGGACCGCUUCACUAUGACUGCUGUCUUCCGGGACUACACCUUCGUAGCCUCGUCCUACUUGCUCGAACCCUGCUGGGAGAACUGGUGCAAGAAUCCAGACGAGGGGUAUGGUCUUGGACGGGAGGUCCUGCCCAAGUCUGUUGCUCGCCCCAUGUACCGCUGUGCUCAGAUCUUGGACCUUCCUCCAUUCAUGUCCUAUGCUGCCUCAUAUGCUCUCUUCAACUAUACCUUUGCCGAUCACUCGAAGGGUCUAUCAGACUACUCAAACCUGCGUCUGAUCCGCGGCUUCGAACGUGGCCUGGACCCCAAGAGCUCUGAGGCAGGCUUUAUCCUGACUCACGUCGACAUGGUCAAGGAGACUGGUUCUCUAAUCAGUGGUGUCCUACGAGUAGUUGAUACCCUGGAACAGCAUGGCCCACGAAACCAGAUCAACGAUGGUUAUCGUGAGAUCCUGACAGCCAUGGAGAAGAUCGAGGCAUCGAUGGAAGAUAUGUGGGGCAACUCCAAGCCAUCAGAGUACCUCUCUUUCCGCGUGUUCAUCUUCGGCAUAACAAAGCAAUCAAUGUUCCCGAGUGGCGUAAUCUACGACGGUGUUGAGGACAACAAGCCACUCUCCUUCCGCGGCGAGAGUGGUGCCAACGACAGCAUCAUCCCUCUCCUCGAUCACCUCUGCCAAAUUCCUAUGCCUGAAACUCCUCUUACCAAGAUCCUGCACGAAUUCCGCGCAUACCGCCCUGCGCCUCAUAGGGAGUUCCUUACCUACAUCCGCGAAAAGUCCGAGGAAAUCGGCGUCCAGAACUACUCCGUCCAGGAUUCCGAGACUGCAGUUCUUUUCCUGAAGGUGUUGAACCAUGUUCGCAGCUUCCGCUGGCGUCACUGGCUCUUUGCUCGCGAAUAUAUUAUUCGUCGGACUCCACACCCGACUGCUACCGGUGGAAGUCCUAUUGUGACUUGGUUGCCUAACCAGUUGUCCGCGGUUAUGGAUCUUAUGAUCCAUAUCUAUGAUUCUUACCUCGCACCUAAGGAGGGUGUCACAAUCGUGAAUGGAGCCAAGGAUCGCAUUGCUGGACACCGGAAACAGGUCGAGCCUAUGAUGGAGCUUGUGCGCGAUCAAAAGGAUAAACUGGCGAAGGAGGUGGAGAAGUGGUGCCAGGAGCGGGGGGUUUGA